AUGUCGUCCGAGCGAGAGCCCCUUUUGCCCACCCACGCCCGCCAGGCUCGUGAGAGCGUCGAGCAGUACGGCAGGCAGGCCGCGCGCGAUGCCAAGGCUACCGCGCGCCAGUACGGCGUCGACCCGGACAACCUCGGCGAGCAGGCACGCCAGAUGGCCCCCUCGCGCCAGACGCUCGCCCGCAUCGCCCAGAUGGUCGGCGCCUUCAAGGCGGGCAAGAUGCCCAGCCAGAAGCAGCUCAACCACUUUAUCGAGGCCAUCAUGUCGAGCCCUGUCCUCGACGAGCGCUCCGUCGCCGGAUCCACCAAGCUCAGCCAGCAGGGCGCCAAGGUGAUCCAGGACUUCAAGGGCAUCCUCGCCUGCAUCGAGCGAAUCGGCGAGAGCAAGAACGGCGACGACAAGAUCCAAAAGUUCAUCUUCCAGACCUCGCAGGCCUCGAUCAACGUCACUGACCAGGGCGGCAUCUCGGCCUCGCUUCCCACCGCCAAGUCGGUCGGUGCCGAGGGCCUCACCUCGGAGGCCAAGCAGGACGUGGGCAAGGUGCUCGGUGAGAUCCAGCAGAUCGGCCAGCUCCUCCUCACCUCCAAGGCCUUCCGCGACGUGCUCGCCGACGUUCAGUUCCUGCUGCGCGACCUCACCGCCGACGCCGCAGCCACCGCUGCGCAGAAGGCGGGCGGCGCCGAGGGCAAGCUGCGCGUCAUCGACGAGGAGCGCAAGAAGCGCGGCGACGCCGUCGAGGUGCGUGCUCCCAACAAGAAGGACCUCGAGAGCGCCAAGGAUGCCGCCAAGCGCGGCGCCAAGCAGGCGCAGGACAACCUGCAGGACUCGGCCAAGCAGGCGGCCCAGUGGCUCGACGAAAAGACGCCCGACGACGUCAAGGAGGAGUUCCUCGAGCGCGUCAAGCAGGUCAUCGACAGCGUCGAGCGCGAUCCCGACUUUAAGCGUGCGCUCAACGGCAUCUCUGGCAUCGCCAACAAGUGGACCGACAUUGUGCAGGAUGUUGCCGCCAAGGCCAAGGAGCAGACCGACGUCGAUAUUGACACGCCCGAGGCCGAGGCCAACGAGAACCUGCGCGAGGCGUUCCAGCAGCUCAAGUCGAUCCUCGAGACCUUUGCCGGCCGUCCGCUCGAGCCUGUGGAGAAGUCGGUGAGCCAGCUGGUGGAGCACGCCAAGAAGAUCUUUGACGACGAGAGCUCCAAGGAGGGCAAGGAGCUGCGCGAGUUUGUCGAGGACGUCAAGACGUUCAUCGACCGUGCGCUCAACGAGGACGGCUUCAUCCAGACGAACCGCUCGAACCGCAUGGCGUCGGACCUGUACGACCGGGCGCAGCGCCUCUUCAACACCACGGGCAAGGAGGCCAACAAGGCGCUCUCGAAGCUGCGCGGCGAUUUCGACGCCACGCUCGACGAGCUGUCGACGUUUGUGCACGGCCUCGAGGAGGAUGCGGAGCUGCGCGAGCUGGCGCAGCGCGUCGAGAAGCUGGGCAGCGACCUCAACUUUGUCGACCUGCAGCGCGUAUUCAACAGCGGCGGACAGGGCGUGCUCAACCUGCUCAACGACGUGCGCAGCCAGGCGGGCGGCCUGGUGCGCGACACGGUCGAGGUGCUGGUGCCGCGCCUGAUCAACGAGAUCGAGUCGAUCCCGUUCCCACGCAUCGAGUUUGUGUCGCGCGAGGCGGACGUGGUGAUUGACGACCUGUCGCUCACGGCGUCGCGCGCGUCGUUUGUGCCCGAGCGCGUGCGCAUCAUCAACCGCAACGACCUCACGCUCGACCAGCGCCGCUCGUCGUUUGGCUCCAACUUUGACGCCAGCCUCUACCUCGAGAUCGAGGGGCUGCGUGUCAAGGCGGCCGAUGUGGCGUACUACAUCAACAAGAAGACGGGCUGGGUGGGCUGGGAGGACUACGGCCUGCUCGACCUCGAUCUCGGUGGACGCGACGGCACGAGCUUUGUGGUGAAGCUCGAAAACGCCGACGAGGACGACGCCGAGUCGUUCUACAAGGUGAAGCGCGUGAGCGUCGACAUGUCGUCGUUCCAGGUCAAGGUGCGCCACACGAAGCACUGGUUCCUCAACUUUUUCCUCAUGCCGUUUGUGCGCCCCAUGCUGCGCCGCGUCUUCCAGCAGCUACUCGAGGAGCAGAUCCGCUCGUGGCUCCAGAACCAGGACCGCUCGCUCUGGGCCGCCCAGCAGCGCGCCAAGGUGAUCAACAGCUACUCGAAGACGGCCGUCAAGAGCGGCCAGGGCAUCUCGACCAAGGCGUAUCUCAAGGCGAUCUUUGCGCCGGACUCGGAUGCGUUUGAGCCGUACGGACGCAGGACGGCGCAGCCGCGCACCGAGGUGGGGCUUGCCGAGGGUCUGCAGGUGCAGGGACCGCACGAUGGAUUCAAGCUCGCGAUUGGUGCGUCGUAUUCCAAGCAGCUGCUGCCUGGACGCGGUGGUCCGUUUAGGUAUGCGAGGGAGCAGGCGGAGCGCUACAAGCAGAUUGAGGAGUCGGUGCGCCAGGGCGUGCGUGAGCUGCGCGAGGGUGCCAGCGAGCUGCGCGAGGGAGCGCACGAGGCGGUUCAGCAGGUGCGCGACGGCGUCAAGGGCCUCGAGGGCGAGGCGAGCAAGGCCGGCUCCAAGGCACAGAAGGAGGCGGGCAAGCUCAGCCGCGAGGCACGCAAGCAGGAGCGCGAGGAGCGUCUCGACUCCGGUUGGCGCUCGGACGUGUUUGACGACAUUGACCUUUGA